CCUGCGGCGGACAGAGAGGGGCGCCCGCUGCUCGCCAUGGCCGCGCACCUCCGCCUGCUGCUGGCUCUGCUCGCGCUGGGAACUGCCCUGCGCCCCCAGGAGACCCUGGCUCAGCCUCUUCCCACCACCGAGACCCCCGAGUCAGAAGGCAGGAUGGUGGACAGCUAUGAGGCCAGCGCCCAGCUUUGCUGGGCCGAAUAUAAGGGGAAUAUGGACUUUCUGGAGAAGGACUGGUGCAACUGGACCGUGAUCAGCAGGCCCUACAGUGCCCUGCGAGACUGCCUGGAGGUGGAGGCGGAAGUCUUCAGCCUGGGCUUCCCCAACCCCCUGGCCGAGAGGAUCAUCUUCGAGACCCACCAGCUGCACUUCGCCAACUGCUCCCUGGAGCAGCCCACCUUCUGCGACCCCCCGGAGGACGUGCUCCUGGCCAUGAUCAUAGCCCCCAUCUGCCUCAUCCCAUUUUUCGUCACCCUCGUGGUAUGGAGAAGCAAGGGCACUGAGGUGCAGGCCUAGGGUGGGCGGUGCUGCCAGCGAGAUCCCGAGCCUCUCCCCGCGCCCCCUCUGUGGGGUGCCCCCUCUCACUGCCCCUUCCGAGCCUGGCGCUGGGGUCCUGGAGCCAGUUUUGUAACCUUCAAAAUAAAACUUUUUUUUUUUUGUACGUCA